AUGACUGAUUCGGUCUUUGGGCCAGGCCGGGACCAUAUAUUACCCAAAGUGCUCUACAGCUCUACCGUAUGUAUGAGUAAUGCUCUUCUUUCUCUCUGCCUCUCUGCUAUUCCUUCCGUCGAUUCCAGAUUGGACCAUUCAUUGCUUUCAACAAUCAACACGAAACAAACAAAACUAGCCCAAGAUGAACAUCAAUUAUUAGAAAACAUUCUUCGGACGUUGCUUCAGGAACUGGUGUACAGUCGGGAGCAAAUAAUGCAGUAUGGGCAAUCGAUUGAUGACGGUGAAACUACCAGUUCCAUGGAAGCUCGACUUUGUCUGAAUCUUCGUGGAAGAAGAAGAAGCCGUUCACCAACCACUACAUUUAUGGAUCCCGCCAAAUCAUUAAACCUGGGGGCUGGUCAGUCCUUGAUUAGUGAUUCGUUGGCCGCUAGAUUGAUCAAAAAUCUGCUCUUUGAUCACAAUUCACUGGCCACUACAGGUGACAAUCCAAACAGGCGAUGAUAUGGGGUAACGUCAAGGUUGUCAAAAUUGGGAUCCUACGUAGAAUCAUGGGAGGUAGGUAGGAUCAUAGAUUGUAGGAUCGGAUCAUGGAUCGUAAGAUCCUACCUAUUUUCAGAUUAACAAAAACCCUAUUGAUAGUGACUCUGUAUGUUAUAUAAUCACUUAAAAUAUGAAUCUAUCCA